AGCUGGGAUGAAGCACAAUUUGCUCUCCCUGCUGCUAGCCUUUUGAAAGGCAUGGUAAUAAUGUAUAGCCUUCUAGGACCUGGAGCUUUUUCCUUUGUUGACAAAUGAAGGGCUGCUUGAGUAGUUCUUGUCUCUGCUUUCUGUGAUUCACUGACCAAAUGAGAACCCUGAACCAGCAGGUUGGCUGUGGAAUGACAAGCGUUUUAUUUUGCUCCUCCCUUUGCAGACUUCAUGUGAAUCAGCUAAACCAGAAAUACAGGUAGAGAAAGAGGUGGAGGAUUUCUAAAGGCAAACACCCUGACAGAACAGUAAAAAAACAAACAAAAACACCACGUCUUGAAUGGAAAAAUAACAGGGGAAAGUAGCUGUUUGAGAGAGCCUGGAGUGGUUGAUACUCUUUCCAACGUGAAAAUGGAAGAAGCCGAGGUGGGCAUUGAUACUCUCAUUGAUGAGAUGGAUUAUAUCCCAGGUCACUUUCACUUAGAUAUGAAUUUGAACUUUGAGUCUUCUUCACCUAUGAAUUUCCAAGGGAGAGACUUGAAGCUGAAACGAGAGAGCCUAACCUAUGAGCUAGAGCUCGAAACUGGCUCGCAACAGUAUGCCAUCAGAAACCUCCUUGGGGUCUUUUCUUUCUACCUGGAAGAAGUGGAGCAAGCCAAGGAGAUUUUCCUCUGCAUCUCUCAGGAGGACCCUGAGAAUCUGAACACUUGGGCCAACCUCGCCUACGUUUAUGAUAGGCUGAACAACGAGCAAGAAGAGGCUAGGUGCACCGAAAGACUCUCCCUCUUAAUGGGCUUGGAUUCAGAAGACCACAAGCUGCAAGGGGACCCCCAGCUCAGAGCAGCCCGUUGCUUGGCUGAGCAGGGCUAUGCUUAUGCCUUCGAUGUUGGGCUGGUGAACGAAGAAGAGAAGAUGGAGAAACUGACCGCAGGCCUCACUCUCUACGGCAAGGCUCUUGCUUAUGGAAAGCAGAUCCCUUUGGAGGAGAAACGAAGCUGGUACUUCACUAUGGCCACCCUGCACAUCAGGUUGGAUGCGAUGUGGAUGAACAAGGGCAAUGCUGAGGAAAAAAGGUUGCCAGCCUUCAACAGAACCUUGAUUUUGCUUCAGCAAGUCCUGAAGUGCUCCAGUCUACAUUACAGAGCCUUGGCCUGGUGCUAUCUUGGGAUAUUGUUUGAAAGGAAAGACUCCUUCUCAGCUACCCCUAUGGCUAUUCAUGACUGUGGGUACUCUGGGACAGAUCCCCUUGACUGCUUUGGAAAAGCAAUAGCGAUAGCUAGAGAACACCCACUUGUGCUGAACCGCCUAGCAAAAAUCUUCCACUUCCUUGGCAAGCAAGAGAUGGCAAUGGCAGUCUGCAACAUGGCCUUAGAUGUGCUGCCAGAUCCAGUACUUAACUGGCAGGCAUAUUGCAUGCGCGCCAAGAUGCUGCUUAAACUAUAUUUGCGUGAUUUGGAUCGUGUGAAGGUGGGCCUGGGAGGAAUGCCAGACCAGAGAAACCUCUCUUAUGCCAAAGCUGAUCUCGAGAAUGUCAUGAAGGUGCAUCCAUGUCUGAAGACUUACCUUGACCUAGGCCAGGUAUGUUACUACAUGGGAGUAGAUGCCAUGCAGGAACUUUUACUUGUAGAUGAAAAUGCUGUGAACAAUGCCCUCGUGUUCUUUGCUAAAGCCAUGGAAUUAGAGCUGGGAAAUGUUUUGCCUGAAAUCCAGCUGCUGAGGGGGAAAUGCCUUCGGAUAAAAAAUGAAGACCUGAAUGCCAUGGAAUGCUUCAAGCAGGCAAUAGAGCUGGAUGAUGUGGGUUCUGUUUACACAGAGAGCUUCCGUUGCUUAAUGGAAAUGCUGCUUGCCUUGUUCAGUCAGAAGAGGAUAAAUACAGAGAUGCUGAUGAAGGAAGUAGAGUUGUGGGUGAAAAAGGCGGAGGAGAAAUAUCCCAAACAGCGAGUGCAGCAGGAGCUUAGGCUGGUGUGUCGCCACUACACCGCUGAGGUGCUUGAGCUCUCCAAAGCCAUGGUGGCCAGAGGGAAGACUGAGCUGGUGAAAAUGCUCUUUGAGACCAUGAAGUGUGACUUUAACAAAGGUAGACGGAAUGAACGCUCGCUCUCCUUCUGAAUGGGUGGUUUGCUUUUCAGCCACAUGGCAUAGCAAAAGGUUUAGCUCUCCCCAUAGUUUGUGGAAAGAAUUAUGAUAAAAACUAUAUAAUAAAAUGUGAUGCUUUCUAGAGCACCCACCAAGUAUUAGUCUCCAUAUACAUGGAGGAGUCGAGGUAUGUGUGCUCAUAUUAAAAAAUGAGUGUGCUUAUUUUUCCCCAAAGCAAAACAUUAAACAAGCACAAAACGUUUACACUAUGUAUGUAUGUAUGCAUAGCACACAGAAGCAGGUCAACGGGAGAUAAAAUACACCUUACCUGCUUCUCAGUAAUAAAUGAAGGCUAAAACUCUGAUAACAUUUUACAUGUAUCAUUUCUCAACCAUCAAAACUUAAUGUGACCAGAUAUUGAUGCUUAUGUCCUUGCUUUGGAUAUAGACAUUCAUUUAACUUAAUUGUAGCAACCUAGGGAUGUGCUCUUCCCUUUGGAAGAAAACCACCACCAUCACCCCGUAUGUUUCACUUAAUGAAAAAGAGAUAUAAUAGCAGAAGUUUAUUUAGAUUUUUUUAAAAAACAAGUUAAGAAUAUGUGUGCACCUGUUUGGUUUUGUCUGUUGAAAAUAUAGAAUGAAAAUCUCCAAAUUCACAAUUUUUUUGUG